GCGCCCCGCCCGCCCCGCCCUUCCCCCUGAUUGGUCCUCCGCCUGGUCCAGUGGGCGGGGCUUCGGCGGCGGCUGUGUCGGCGCAUGCGCCCUGAGGGCCGGCAAGAUGGCGGCGCCCAUGGGAGACGGAGUGCUCGGCGCUUCCGCGGCGCCGCUGGGACCCCGACAAGCCCAGGCCGCCGCCGCCGGCGCGCUCUCCCUGCCGCCAGAGGCCUUCGGGAACGACCCCACCGUGGAGCUGGCCUGGGCCGCCAGGGCCUUCCAGCACGCCCAGGUCUACUUCAACCUCAUCUCCUCCGUUGACCCCAAGUUCCUCAAACUGACCAAAGCCGACGACCGGAUCUACGCCGAGUUCAGGAAGGCCUUUCAGGAGCUGCGGGUCGACCUGCUUGACCAAGAGGAGCUCAAGUCGGAGCCGGCCAAAGAGAAAUGGCGGCCCUUCUGCCUGCAGUUCGAAGGGCAGGUGGAGGACUUCAACUACGGCACGCUCCUCCGGCUGGACUGCAGCAAGGAGUACACUGAGGAGAACACCAUCUUUGCCACCAGGAUCCAGUUCUUUGCCAUUGAAAUUGCCCGCAACCGGGAGGGCUGCAACAGCGUGGUUUAUAACAGCGUCAGGAACGCCAGCCUGGGCACAGCAGAGGUGAACUCCACAUGAGGGAGGCUGCCUGCCUUGGCAGGAAGGCAAAAUGUGUUUGAGGGCAAAGGGCCCUUAAUCGUGCUCCAGCUGAGCAAGGACUCUCCUUGUUUCCUGUUGCCAAAUGCAAAAACACAGCUCCUGCUGGAAUCCUGAUUCAGAUGCCGAAACAAUCCACGCUGCUGUGGAUGUAAUGGGUGAUAUAUCUGCAGGCUCACCACUAUCCAUGGGAUGCUAUAACUUCUGGAGCCUGAAUUCUCUCUCUGCCAGCACACAUUAAAACUAAUAAAUAAGAA